AUGCUACCUGCCUCAUCUCUCAAAGGUGUGUCCUGGGUGCUGUUUUCCUCCCUGCUUCUCUUAUGUCAGGUCCAAGGUGAAGGUGCCCGGGAAAAACUGUCCUCUCCACGUGUCAGCUGUCCCCAAGGCUCCAGGGCCUAUGGCUCCUACUGCUAUGCCCUGUUCAAGACACCCAAAUCCUGGACCUUUGCUGAGCUGGCCUGCCAGAAGCGGCCCUCCGGACACCUUGCAUCUGUGCUCAGCGAGGCUGAGGCGGCCUUCAUGUCCUCGCUGGUCAGGAUCAGUGGCACCUCCUACCCGUACAUCUGGAUUGGGCUCCAUGACUCCACUCUGGGUCUAGAACCCAAUGCUGGUGGCUGGGUUUGGAGCAGCACCGAUGUGCUGGAUUUCUUCAACUGGGACAGAAAUCCUUCCACUGCCUCUGACCGUGGUUACUGUGGGAGUGUGACCCAAACCUCUGGAUUUCUGAAGUGGAGAGAUUAUGACUGUGAUGCAGAGUUACCCUAUAUCUGCAAGUUCAAGCCCUAG